AUAGUUUUGACAGACUUUGGCCUCAGCAAGGACUUCCUCUCCCAUGAAACGGAACACAGAGCAUACUCCUUCUGUGGCACAAUUGAGUACGUGGCCCCCGAGGUGGUGCAGGGAGGAGCUCACGGCCACGAUCAGGCUGUGGACUGGUGGAGUGUGGGAGUGUUAACAUAUGAACUGUCAACUGGAGCCUCGCCUUUCACGGUGGAAGGUGAAAAGAGUAACCAGCAGGAGAUUUCAAGACGAAUCCUGAAAACACGGCCACCGUUGCCCAGUGAUCUAUCGCCAGAGGUCAGAGACUUAAUUUCAAGACUCCUCGUGAAAGACCCUCGCCAGUGGUUAGGGAGAGGGCCACGGGAUGCGCUAGAGAUUAAGGACCAUGUAUUUUUUAAGAAAUUGAAUUGGGGCCUUGCUCAAAAGAAAGUACCUGCUCCCUUUGUACCAAGAAUCAGUACUGAGUUAGAUGUUAGUAAUUUUUCUGAAGAGUUCACUGCAAUGAUACCACAGGAUUCUCCAGCAAUCGUUCCUCCAGAUGUUGAGAAAAUGUUCAAUGGCUACUCCUACGUUGCUCCAUCAAUUCUCUUCACUGACAAUGUCAUCAGUGACAGCAGCAGCCUUUUCAAGAUGUCACCAGACAGAAGACCUUCCACAACCAACCUAUUAUUGGCUUGUAGCUUUAAGGACUCACCAUUUUUCCAAAAAUACGAACUGAAUCUCCGAGAUAAUAUACUCGGAGACGGCAGCUUCAGUGUCUGUCGGGAAUGUGUACAAAAGUCCAGCGGGCAACAACACUUUCCUGUGGAGAUAGUGUCAAGAAGACUAGACUGCCAACAAGAAAUCAAUUUACUCUGGGCUUGCCAAGGACAUUCCAACAUUGUCAACAACCUCCAUGAAGUUUUCCAUGAUGAGGCACACACCUACAUUGUGAUGCAGCUCCUUGGAGGUGGAGAGCUGGCUACCCAGAGGAUCAGGAAACACGAGAGGUUCACAGAUGCUCGCCGGGCUUCGGUCGUCGUGAGGAACCUGGUGUCAGCAGUUCACUACGUGCACAGGAAAAGCAUCAGUGGAUGGUAGUACUUGGAUGGGGUAGAGAAGUGUGUGUUAAAGACAUCAUGCAGUUGAACAAGCAACAAGGAAAGGUCUAGAUAAGGAGGAUGGAGGUUCUUCUGGUGUGGCCACCUCCUCAGGGGAUGCUCCCACAGAGAGUGAGGCAACACAGAGAUAGGUAGAUGGAGAGAAUGUCAAUGACUGUUAAAAGAUAGUAGAGGAAGAAGAGUGGUCUGAUGAAAUUAGUGUAUUCAAGCAGGAAUCACUCUAGUGCAAGUGUUUAUCCAUAACUGAGAGUGGUAGGUAUUACAUAGUGCUCAGUAAACAAACUCCACAAAACAAAGGCAUAUAUGGAAGACAUUUUCAACUUUCAUUAUUCAGCUUCCAAUGUUGAGAAUCAUGAAUAGAUGCUUACCUCAUCAUGGAAAACUUCAUGGAGGUUGUUGACAAUGUUGGAAUGUCCUUGGCAAGCCCAGAGUAAAUUGAUUUCUUGUUG